UUUCCCAGAGUGCCGCUGAGGGUGGCAUGGCGGACAGCAAUGACUGCGGAGUUUGAUGAAGAAGUGGUGUUUGAGAAUUCACCACUGUACCAGUAUCUGCAAGAUUUGGGACACACAGAUUUUGAAAUAUGUCCAGCAGUGACACCAGAGGAGCGCCUGCCAGAGAAUGGAAGUCGAGGACUGGCCGACACAACUGCAGAGCCAGGCAUAUACAAGAGAGUGCUUGGGUUUUUGCAAAGCUGGAACCCUUUUAUUUCAGAAAAGAAAAAAGAUGAAAGAGUCCAUUUGUUGGAUAUUGGAUUCCGACUCGAUAGCCUGCGAGCAAUCUUGUUGCAGGAAGUCCUGAUACAGGAGGAUGUGGAACUGAUUGAGUUGCUUGACCCUGGGAUCCUGUCUGCUGGUCAGACCCAGAAUCAACAAAAAGGGCAUCUUCCAACAAUGCGCUCCCUAGCAACUCCUAAUAUUUGGGAGAUGUCUGUAUUGUUUGCGUUCCUCAGUGCUUUGGCUGCACUGAAGUCUUGGCACCUAUCUUCUUUAUUCAUCUGGGGGCCCAGCCUUCUUUUCUUUGCCAUUUUUGCCGUCCUGCGAGUGCUGAGAACAUGGAGCGCAGCCAGGCUACAGGUCAAACUGAAAAAGUACUGCGGCCAGUUGGAAAUGACCGUAGCGAACAGCCGAGCCUUCACCAACCUUGUGAGAAAAUCCCUGCGCUUAAUCCAGGAGACGGAAGUUAUUUCUCGGGGAUUCACUCUUUUGCUUGACAGGGUCAGUGCUGCUUUCCCAUACGAUAAGAUUGGACAACAUAGUAGCCAGCAUCUCCUUGGGUUGCGUAAAGCUGUCUACAGGACCGUCAGGACCAACUUCCGCAUUUCCCGACUGGCAACACUGUACAUGCUUAAGAAUUAUCCUUUAAACUCUGAGAUAGACAAUGUGACUAACUACAUCUGCGUUGUUCCUUUGAAAGACCUGGGCAUGGGAUUAAGUGAAGAGCAGGUGUCUGAAGAGGAGGCCCACAAUCUCACAGAUGGCUUUAGCCUCCCUGCUUUGAAGGUUCUGUUUCAGCUCUGGAUAGGCCAGAGUUCAGAGUUCUUUCGGCGCCUAGCCCUACUGCUGUCCCCCGAGAAUGCAUGCCAAGGACCAAUCACUAACCCAGUGCUGCUUCCACACUACGUUUGGUGUGAUGUUGUUCAGGAUCUACCUCACACGCAGGCUGCCUGCCUGACGGAACUGAAACGUAGCUAUGAGUUUCAUCGUUACUUUGAAACGCAACACCAGUCCAGCGCAGAGCACACGCACAGGAAAAAAAGAGAGACCGGGGAGCUGAACAGCCUUCACGGGGCUGUACGCAGUCUACAGCUACAUCUAAAAGCACUACUCAAUGAAGUGAUUGUACUCGAGGAUGAACUAGAAAAGCUUGCAUCCUCUAAGGAAACCCAAAGCAUGACAGCUGAAGCUACACUUAUCCUUGAAGAAAAACUAAGGCUGAUACAGCCGCAUGUACAGGCCAGUAACACAUGCUGGGAGGAGGCAUUGUGUCAGGUGGAAAGGAUGGUUCGGAGACCCCCAGCUAUAAAAGAAACUGCAAACACCUCUUGUGAAAAUUUACAUUGCCUUGUUGUGCCCAAUGUGCCUCCCCCUUUACGAAUUGAAGACCGAGAUCCGGUGCCAGAGGAACAGGAAUUAGAAGCCUAUGUGGAAGACAUUGUUGUAGACAAUGAGUUUAACAGGGAGGAUAUCUAUCUAUUUACUCCAGAAGAGAGGGAAAGACAGAAGCGAGAAAGGGAGGAGUCUAAGAGAGUUCUGCAAGAGCUAAAGGCUGUCUUAGGCUUAAAGGCAUCGGAAGCUGAAAGACAAAAAUGGAAGCAGCUGCUAUUUAGCGAUCAUGCUGCAGUGAAACCUUUGUCAAAUGAGCAAGCUUUGGAUCUUUCUGAGUCAACUGAAGACCCGAAACCUGAAUCCCAAUACCUUGGCAAGACUCCGAGCUUUCAUGGAGACGAAACACAAUUAAAUGGGACUGAACCUAUUAAUGAAGAAGCCACUACUCAUGAGACACCAGACUUGCCUGUUAAUGAAUAUAUAAAUGAGAUGGACUCAUUCCGUUUGCUUGAAAAGCCUGUAUUAGCCAGUAGUAAGGAAAAUGCAGAGCCUGGUCCUGAACCUAGGACUGUGCUACCUGCCUCCAUUAAAGAAAGGCUGGCUCGGAUCCAUCAGUCAUCAGAUUUACACUUUGCCUCUGGAGUAGCAGCACAAGUGGCUGCACGGUCACUUACCUUCACUUUUUUUCAAGAACAGACUUUUGGGGAUGAGUGGGAUGAUGAUAAUGACACGGAGUGUGGGGAUGCUCAUGUUCAAGAUGAAAGAAGUGAUGGCGGGUGUUCGGAACACGAGGAAUAACCCACUUAGCUAGGCAUGACAGGCCUUUCAGUUUAUCUGACAGAAUGUGUGCCCACUGCACAGCUACAGAC